UAAUGCUCAAACAUCUUUAUGAUACAGAUUGUGUAACAUGGUCCCCACAAGGAAAAUUAUUUUAAGUUGAAUAUGCUAUGGAAGCUGUCAAAUAAGGAAGCAUUUGUUUAGGACUCAAAUCAAAUGAAUAUGUUGUAUUAUGCAGUCUUAAAAGAUAACCUUCUGAAUUAGCUGGUUAUUAAGAAAAGCAAUUCAAAAUUGAUGAUCAUAUGGCUAUUGCUAUUGCUGGAUUAACUGCUGAUGCUAGUAAAAAUAUAAAAUAAUAUUUUAGGGGUACUUUGUAAAUAUAUGAGAACAGAAUGUUUAGAAUAUAAAUAUACAUAUGAAUCCCAUCAUCCUGUUGGUAGACUUGUAUUCAAAGUAGCAGAAAGUAUUAAUAAAACAUAUUAAUUUAAGAAUCAUAGCAUAAAACAUAAAGUGGAGCUAAAAGACCUUAUGGAGUUGGAUUAUUGGUUGCAGGUAUUGAUCCAAAUGGAGUACAUUUAUUUGAAACAUGUCCAUCUGGAAAUUAUUAUGAAUAUAAGUGCUAAGCAAUUGGUUCAAGAUCAUAAGCUGCUAGAACCUAUUUUGAAAGCUGGUUCCAUUUAUUUGAGAAAAGUACCUUAGAAUAGUUAAUUUUACAUGGAUUAAGUGCUCUUAAGAAGGCAAUCAUGGAAGAUGAAGAGUAAUCAUUCAUAUAUUAUUAUAGAUUAAAUGAAAGAAAUGUAGAAGUUGGCAUCUUAGGAAAAAAUUAGAAAUUUAUUCAUCUUAAUGCUUAAGAAUUAAAAGAUUAUAUAGUAAAAUUAGAAACAUUUAAUGCAAACACUUAAAUUUAAUAAGAGUGAU